AUGAUCACAAGGAAGAAGGCCAAUAUUUGUUUGCCUCAAACACUCCCUAACGAAUUGAUCGAAGAAAUUUUGUUGAGAUUGCCAGUGAAAUCUCUAUUGCGUUUCAAAUGUGUGUGUAAGUCUUGGCUUUCUCUUAUCUCGAAUCCUCAAUUUGCUAAAUUGCAUUUUGAUGUAGCCAAAACAACUCAACUUCUUCUAAGAUCAUGUCUAGGUUCCAAAAUUGAUGUUAUAGACAUAGAGGCACCACUUCAUGGGGAUUCUAUGAAAUUGGUCCUCAACAUUCCAAGUUCAUCAACCACUUACAAACGAAAAUCCAUGGUAAACCUUGUGGGCUCUUGUAGAGGAUUAAUACUCUUAACCACUAUCCUUCCAUACUCCAACUUGGUCAAUUUUAUGAUAUGGAAUCCAUCCACAGGUUUCAGUAAACAAUUCAACAAACCAUUUAACAACACUAUUAUAUGUGGAAUUGGGUAUAAUUCAUCAAUUGAUGGCAUAGUAGUGGUAGCGAUUGUAAUAUCACGACCAACUUCAAUAAUUGAAAUAUCGAGCACGGAGGUCCAUUGUUUCUCUUCAAGGACCAAUUCAUGGAGUUAUAUUGAAGUUCCUUUCACAUACCAACUUUUGGGGUUUGAAUUUGGAAACGGAUUAUUCUUAAAUGGAGCUCUUCAUUGGUUGGUUCGCUCCAAUGAUCUUAGCCUCAAAAUUAUUGCAUUUGAUGUGAUGGAAAGGAAGCUAUCAGAGAUUCCACUAUCACAUGAUUUAACUGUUAGAUUACAAACUUACAUAUAUCAUCUGAAGGUAAUCAAAGGAUAUUUGUGUUUGUGGUAUGUAGGGAGUGAGUCUCUCAAGGCUGAAUUGUGGACAAUGAAGGAAUAUAAAGUGCAAGAAUCUUGGACCAAUUCAUUUAUUUUCUCUAAUAUCUAUCCAAUUCAGAGUUUUUAUCCGAUAUAUUUCACCAAAAAUGGUGAAAUUUUGGGUUAUGGUAGGCAUCAUACAUUACUAAAAGUUAAUGAACAAGGUGAGUUGCUUGAUCACAGUAAAGUUAGGAGGUUCAUUAACGAACAUAGUAUACUAAAUUAUUGCAUGUAUACAGAGAGUUUGUUAUCACUACCAGAAGAUUAUGAGAAAUCAAGCAAAGAUGAAUAA